AUGGAGCUGUGGCAACAGUGCGUGAAGUGGUUGCGAGCCACUGGAGUUUUGCAAGAUUUUAUAAAAUUUGAAAAGUUGGAAGCUUUUGCUUACUUUUUAAAAGAUGGCAUAUUAUUAUGUCGAUUGGCUCAACGUUUGGACGAGAAUUCCAUCGACGAGUGCCAGAUUCCAAAUAAUGCAACUUGUGAUUCUGAGGUAAGAUGAAUUUGAAUUUAAAUUUAAACUUUUUUGUGAAGGAUAAGAUAUUGUGUAAUGGUACUGUUACUGAUUGGGGUGCUAGUGAGUGAAAAGAGGAAGGUUAGACAUCGUUAGGUUAUGAAAAUAUGUAAAAAUUUAAAAAGAGAUUAGUUUUUAAAUAUUUUAAAAUUUUUAAAUCUAACUUUAAAAAAGGUAUUACUAUGACCGUAGUAAAAGAAAAGCGUAGUAAACCCUGGUCUAAAGACCCUCUUAUGUCCAAACUUAUUUCGAGAUUGGACCGAAAAUCUUGAGUGUUUUUUUUCGUAUAGAAUGGUCAUUACGAACAUUUCGUUUUCUUUGAAAAGAAAUUAUGGUAUUAGAUAACAUGUUCUUUUUAUAACUAUCAUGAUUAUUAUUGUCGCUGCCUUGUCGUUUACAUUAUAUUAUUGUUUUGUGUAUGAUUGGGUAAAAGGUUUUUGUUGUUUUGCCAAUAUUGUGGGAAUUCAAUUACCUUUAAAGUGUUAUUUUAUGAAAUUGCGGUAGUAGAUAACUGUGGUUUAUUGAAGUUAAAAAAGAAAUUUAAAAAAAUGUUAUUUUCAAUAUUAUUAUAGGCUUAAAAUAGAAAUAAAGUUUCUAAAACAGCGAUAUAUAGAAAAGUAUAGUGAACGGAAGUAGCAUGAAAGUAAAGUCUUGAAUAUUAUGCAUGCCUGGAGUACGAAACUAGAAAGUAAUACUAUUGUUUUUGAAGGAUUACUAGGAUUUAGAAGGUGUAUAUGGGAAGAAAAUUUUGGCUAGAAUAACAAAAAUCUGCUCUAGAGAUAUUUUUUUAAGUUUUAUGUUAAAGAUAGCGAACAUUCAUAUCUUUUUGUUACUAAAGGCUUGGUGUUUUUAAAAAUUUUUAUUUGUAUUUGUAAAGCUAGUAAAAUAUGUUAUUUUUAUAAAAUUUUUACAAAUUUUUAUUGAAAUUUCUAAUUGGAAACAGGUAUGGAAUCGUAUUUUAUAAAAUCCGUUUAUUGUUUUUAUUUACCACGCCCUGAACAUGUUUACUCACCGGCUUUUGUGUUAUUUUUGUGACACGUAAAGAGGCUUUUACAACAUUGGAACGCUCCACAAAUCCACAAACGUUUUUACUGCGGUAAAUCGGCUAAUUUGCAUGUCGUAGCACGGUUUUCAAUGUAAUUUGCAUACCAUAGCAUAGUUUUUUAAAAUAAGUAGUAUCUAAAGGUAGUAUCAUCUUGUGAAAAAAAUAUCUUUUUUUGAACGCAAGGUAUAUUAAUUUAGGCAACGGGGUGGAUGGUGUGUGUUUGGUGAAGACCGUCAGAACAAUCCAUUGUAGCUGCUCCUAUUUGGGCCCUACGUAGGUGAUCCUGGUUCUUGAGUCACUGAGUCGUGAUAAGGUGCUGCUCAAGAAUUCGUAAUGUUUUGUAUUAGGUUAAUUAUAAAAUGUACGGUAAAAAAAGUUUAAACUUAACUAUAUUUAACUCUCUAUAAAAUGUGUUGACCAAGACUAAUGGCUACAAAAUGGUGUUAUAAUUAUAAAAGCUGGUAUGGUUUUACGACUGAUUAGGCGCCAUAAAAUUGUUGUUUGGAAAAGUGGUUUAUUAGUAAAGUUUAAAGGAAUUCAGAUGUUUGUUUAGCUUGAAAAUGGUCUCAUUGUAAUUUGGGGGUCAAUUUAUUAAUUUAAAUCUUGUUGAUAGGAUAAUGUAGAAUAAGAUAAAAAAUUUUUUUAUUUUAUGCAAAUUUUUGUUUAUCACUUUCGAUGUUGUGUUUUUGGGUUGAAAAGUUCGAAAUUUAUCCUAAAAGUAUUUGUGAACAAUAUUUCUGAGUUUUUGGGGCUAAUAUAGAAUUGCUUAUACAAAGAUUAUACAAAUAUUUUAAAGAAACUACUCCUAUAGCUAUAGUGUUUUCACUUUUUCCCACAAAAACUCCUCACUUUCCGCACAAUUGACCCAAAUCAGUUUUGACAGGAAAGAAACUGUAUUUUGACUGUGAAACAAAUCGUAUAUCCGUUCUAUUAUAAUAUCUCGUAUUUACUCAUAACAACAAUAAACUGCUCUACGUAGAUGUUUUGCUAAGAAUAUAUGACUAUAGUUAGGGGCUCUUGCUAGCAAUGUAUUACUAUAGCUUGGGCUUUCGCUAUCAAUAUAUUGCUAUAGGUAUUUGUCUUGUUAAGAACAUAUUACUUUACGUAGGUGUCGAGUUAACUGGGUUAUGAGUAAAGUAAUGAGAACAAAGUAAUAGGAAGGCUGUUAGCAAUGUGUGGGGGUCAUAGAGUAUAAUAUUUAUUACAAAAUGUAAAGAACUGUUAUACUAAUCAAUUUUGAGUUUAUUAUAACGAGUUUUUACUAUAAUAAUCUUUCCAAAUUUAUACUACUGUAACUCGCACCCACCACCCAGAGGUUGCCUCUUGCAGGUGCUAAUAAGCAUGUUUAGCACAAUAUUCAGGUGUGCAAGAGUCGAAGAAGGGAAACGGUUGUUUUGGUGUGAAUGAAUAAUCUUGGUAGUUAUUAUGGAUAUUAUACAAAUGACGGUGUUUUGGCGGUUGUAUAAAUUAUUAAAAAAGGGAAAACAGCCGCACGGUUGGAGAUUUUUUAAUAAUAAACGGAUUUGUUUGGGCUUUGGGCAAACUUGUUGGCUUGGGAAUUGAAUAUUGAGCAUGCUUUCGGGGUCAAUUGUUAAAUAUUGUCAUAUUUGCGGUUGGCUUUUGAUAAGAUUGGUAUAGCUUAGCUAUUAUUAGUCGAAGAUUUGCAUUUAUUGGUUUAUAUGGAGGAGUUAAGGGAGUAAACGAUAGUUUUCACUAGACAUUUGAAUAAUCUUUGAUGAGCUUUUAGUGCUUUUUUAAAUUUUUUAUUAAUGAAACGAAGAAAACAGUAAUUUAUAUUGUUAAAUUUAAGUAUAAAUUACUAAAAACUAGCCUUAAAAGUUUACAAAUUAACUUUAACGGUCCUCAAACUAGCCGUAAUGGUCCAAGAAAUCAUUAUUUUUCUUAUUUGUUGAUGUUUCUCCUAAUGUAGUUCAUAAUUUGUAUACAUUUACUUAUUCAUUAUUCAUCGGUUUGACAUUUUUCGGACUUAACUUUAAUAUUUUACUAUUUUCAGUUCAUCAGCGCCUCAAAUAUUGCGCGAUUCUUGAGGAUUUGUAAGGAGAACUUCGGCCUCUCCGAUGCCGAACUGUUCGACGAAGCCGAUCUGUACGAGCUGGGCGACUUUCGUCGCGUCCUCCACGUCCUGUCGCUCCUUUCCUGGUCGAACAACAGCCGAGGGCUGGGGCUCACGUACGUUUAUUUUGGGGUUUUGUACUUUGGGUAUAAAAAAUGUUUUUUUAAUGGAUUGAAUAUAAAUUUAAAAUUUUUUGAAUUUUUUUUGGUUUUGAGUGUUUAAAGCUUAAAGAAAAAUGUAUUAGGUGCCUGCAAAAGUUUUAGGCCAAUUUUUCUAAAAUUUACCAAAAAAUUCUAGACUGUUCUAGAACUUUCUGUUGUCAACCUAUAUAAAGAGAUGUCCAAGGACUAAAAACUAUUAUAUGUUCAAGCCUUCUGUUGUUUACGGUGGUUCAAGAAAUCAAGGUAAGACGUGGUCAUGUUAGGGCAAUGUUGCUUCUCAAAUUACGUGAGCACGGCAACGCAACAAGAGCGACGAAGGAAAUAUGCAGUGUUGUAGGGUCUUCAGUUGUCUUUCACGACACUACAAAAGUUUGGUUCCACAGGUUCAGAAACGGUGACUUUAACAUGUCCGAAAAGUUCGAUCUGGUAGACCAUCAGUGUUCAAGAAGCCCUAUCUUCUGAAGCUGAUCGAAGAAGACCGCAGACGAACCUGUACUCAGUUGACUGUAGAGCUUCAGUGUGACCCUUCUACCAUAUCAUUUAGACUUCACGCCCUUGGGAGAUCAUGGAAAUAUGGUCAAGAGGUUUCACAUGAUUUGAACAGCGACCACCUGAACGUCGAGUGGAAGUUUGCACUUGUUUGUUGAUGUUCCCAAAGACCUUUGAAUGGCUUGACAAUUUGGUUAGUGGGGAUGAGGAGUAAGUACUGUUUGUUAAUCACACCAAGAAGAAACAAUGGCUUGCACGUGGAGAACAAGGUACACCAACCCCAAAACCUGAUCUUCACCCGCUGGAUAGGAUGAUCAGCGUUAGCUGGAACUCAACAGGUAUUGUGUACUAGGAAAUGGUACCACAUGGAACUACGAUCCCUGUGGAUGUCUACUGUAGACAAAUUAAAUCUGUUGCGGCGGCAUUGCAUGGUGAACAGAAUCGAACCUUCUUCAUUUAUGAUACUGCUCGCGCCUAUGUGACAAAGUUGACCCAGCACAAGCUGAAAAGCUUCGGCUGUACUGUGAUACUAUAUGCACUGUACUCAACUGAUGUUGUGCCUACAGAUUAUAAUAUGUUCCACUCUCUUCAAAACCAUCUGAACGCAACACGCUUUGACAAUCGAGACUCAAGCGAUGGUGGGUUAACUUUUUCAAUUCUCAAACUCCAGAUUUCUACAGGAGUUCAAUAAAAUGCUGCCGAAGGGAUGGCAACAGGUCGUUGAUAGUAAUGGUACAUAUAUUUGAUAAUUAGUAGUUGUUGUUUUUUUUAAAUAAUAAAUUUUGUUAAAAAUAAAAGUUGGCCUAAAACUUUUGCAAGCACCUAAUAGUGUAACAUUAAGGAUACCUUUCUUUAUGGAACUUUUGUUUAAAUCUUUUUGAAUUUACAAAAAUAUCAUGUUAAACCUACAAUAACAUCAUUUCAGGCCCUUCCCUCAAACGGAGCCUCCCAACCGUAACACCUUGAACCUCUCCCACGAAGAAGAAGAUCUCUACACCGAACUUCGGCAUCGGGCCGACCAAGUCAACGAUGAAGUUCAAGCGAUACGACAGAACUAUCGUGCUCUCAAUGGCAUUAAACAACAACGGGAUGAGCAACUUUACUCAUCGUUUGUCGAGAAAAAACGAGCGAUUUCCACCUUUAAACCAACGAAUAAAAGAGAGUUUUAUAUGAAAGAGUUACUGGAUACUGAGAACAAUUACUGUGAUACAUUGGCCAUGAUUUUACAUAACUACUACGAACCAAUGAGCAAGUUUGUACUCGACGAAGACAUGAAAAAGAUAUUCAUCAACAUGAAGGUAUGCUUUUUAAGGUUUUGGGUCUUUCUUAAAAAUCAAAAAAUUGGAUUUUAGUUUUUUUAAAUACUAAAGCAUCAAAAAAUUAAAUUACACUUCAAAAACGAUGCUAAAACAACAAUAACUCAACUUUUUUAGGAUCUCUUACCUCUACAUCAAGACUUCUUAAAGUACCUAGAGCCAGCUGUCAUGCAUUCCCUCAAUCUCGAAGUUCCAACUUCAUUCAUCGAUGCAAAUGAAAACCGAAAUAUUACAGUAGGCGACGUGUUUUUGGCCUUCAAAACGAGGUUUGUCAUUUACGGAGAAUAUUGUUCAUACAUGGACAGUGGAAGAGAACACAUUCUGAAAUUGAUAAAGGAGAAUCCGCAAUUCAACCGGAUGUUAAGUGUAGGUGUUUGCUUUGUUAAAGGUUGUUGUUGUUGGUAAUUGGUAAAGGUAGGACGUAUAUUGCAUAAAAAUAUUACUUGUGUGGUUUUUAAGGCCUAAAAUUAACUCAAAAACUGUUUUGGGUUCAAGUUAUGCUCGUUUUUAAUUGUAUUGACUUGAGAUACCGAAAAGAUAAAAGCGCAAACAUCUCAAAAUAUUGUUUGUUUACGUCAAGGAGACCCAUUUCUGGACCGAUCACGAUAAAAACUGCCUCAGGAGGGAAAAAAACGAUUAUUUUCGAUAAGAAAUUAAAUUUUAUGACGAGCAUUUGACAGUUUCUCAGUUUUUUGUAAAUGAUUUGUGUUUUGGAAUGGUAGAAAUUUGAAUUUUGGGCUUUUUGGGAUAAUAUAAGGUCUUUAUAUUAUCUACCAUACAACUAAAACUCUAUCUAUUUGCUAUAUAUUACUUUAUAUGUCAUCAUAACAUGAGUUAUAGUUAGGUUUGUUACUUUUAUCCAACAAUAACGUCAAAAACUUUAAAACAAUACGAAAAGCAACAUCUUGCAAACUUUUGCUGAAUAAUAUAAAUAUUGUCCAGAAAAUCCACCACACGUCAUCGCUAAAGCUUUGCUCUGUACCUUAUAGUUCCUUCUUGCGCCUUAAGGCUAUUUACGCUUUUUAUGACAUUAGAAACCAUUUUGUUUGCUCUACAACAACAGCAACAUGCUUAUGCUUGUUUUCUUAUACCGGAUAUUAUGCAUAAGCUACAGGUUUCUGGGAUUUAUUUGGUGUUAACUAUGUAACAUAUAUUGAGUAACAGUCUUGGCUUUAAUGUUGAAUCUGUAUGAUAUUAGGGUUCGCUUUUGUGGUAUAGUAGGGGUAGUUUAUGUUGGAAAGAUAUACGUUUUUGAUUUUUUGUUAAACUUUUUAUAAUUUUAAGUAUUUUUAGAUAAUUUGAAGUCUUUUUUGGUAUUUUAUAGUUUUAAUUGUCUUUGAAAAGCAUUUUUCCUCGGAAAUGACGCAAAAUUGAUAAUUUUUUAAAUUUUUAAAACCAAGGUUUGCCUGGUUAUCUAACAUGGUUUAAAUAUUUCUAGGAAGCCGGUAUAAUGUUCUUCCGAGUCUUUUUCAAAUUAUAAUGUUAUUUAAAAGUAGACCUACCACCACUAAUCAUAUUUUACUCUGUUAUAUCGCGAUUACUAUGAUGCUUUCGAAUUUUCUAAAAUCCAAGUUAAUUUUGAAGGGAAAUCUUCGAAAAAUGACAGAUUAUGAAGAAAUUCCAACUGAAAACACCUUGAAUAAGUUGGCCCGGUUGCUGGACGGUAAAGCGUUGGGAAAACCGAUGCAAUUAUGGAAUAUAUUCCUGAUUUAUAUGAAACUUGUCCUUGCCCAAACCUAUGCCAAAAUCAAAAAGAAAAUGGGGAAUGGAGUAAAUUUUGUCUUUUAUAUAAAUAAAUUUUAAAAAAUAUAUUUAAAUGAGGUAAAAUACGCCUGAUCUACGUAAGAAUUUAUAUUUUAGGAAUGCGACAAGAAUUCGGAACAAAAUCAAUUCAAGUUAUGGGAUCUGAUCUCAGUGCCAAUGCAAAGAAUCCUCAAGUAUCAUGUGGUGUUGAAGGCUAUCUUCGACAGUACCGAAAUCUCUCAUCCAGAACAUAAACCAGUCGAAGAUGCGUACGAAGGGAUGAAAGAUGUUAGUGACUACAUCAAUGAAGCUAAACGCGACUUUGAGACCAUGUUCUUCUUCAAUGAACUUAUGCAGAAGGUGGGUUUUUACGUUUCAAAAAAUUUUUUAAAUAUAUUUUUGGACGAAUUAAGGCUGUAAAAACGGGCCAUAGAUUUAAAUUUAAAAUUCAGGUGCAAUACGAAUGUAACUACAUUGCUUUUGGCCGUCCGAUCCAAGACGGCCAAAUCAAAGUAUACGACCCAAAAGUGUCGGACAGCACAAAACAACGGCACGUUUUCCUCUUCGAACGAAUGAUAAUGUUCUGUAAGAUUGGCAAAAACGAAAAGUACGAAUUCCGAUCACAGUACGCACUGUCAGACCUUCAAAUGGCAGACGAAGACCAGUCGAACCGAAACAGCACGUUACCCCGGAAACUGACACAAACCAUUUUCGAUAAUCGAAAUUCGUUCAUGUUGGUAUUCAGAAGUCAACUUCCUACUGGAACUGUGCCUGCCACUGAACCGCCUGGCUAUAUUCAGUUUAUUUUCAAAACUGAAGCUCAACGUGAUCAGUGGAAGAAGAACUUUGAGAAGGCACUGUGAGUUUGGCAGGGGUAAAAGUGAAGCGAGGUGUGGGUAAAAUAAAGUAUCAGAUUGUUCAAAUAAUUCAAUACCCCCUACCUAAUUCAGAAGAUUUGCUUUCAGAAGGGGCACAGAAUUAUUUGAAAAACUUGUAAUGUUUAAGCCUACCAAGAAGAGUGGUUUCUGUUUGAGAAUAAAUUUUAUUACAAAAACUCGAACAACAAUAUCUUAGACGUUUUUAUCGCUACUUUUUCUUCAGAGACAUCAGCGAACCUCGACAAGCGGUCGAAAAACAACACAAAGUCUACUACAAGACCUACAAAGAAGCUGCCACUUGUGAUGCCUGUAAAAAGUUGUUGAACGGGUUGUUUCUACAAGGAUAUUGUUGUAAAGUUUGUAACCAAAACUUGCAUUACAAUUGUCUUGGUCUACAAGUCUGUGCUGGGAACAGACCGAAGCCACGGCUUCGAAUGUCACACAGCAGUUUCAAUGGCACUUUAAACAACAAUAUACCUCCGAGAUGUGGGUUUUGGAAAAGUUUAGGUCUAAAAGUCUAAAAUUGAUUUUUACUCAAAAAAAGGUUUUUUUAAUAAAAAAACAGCUUGUUGAAUUUUUUAAAUGUAAAAUACGUCUAGUAUUGCCUUUAAAUUUAUUUUAGAUGUCGGUAGAAGCAAUAAGAGCUCAAAUAUAUUAAAAUAUUGUUUUAGACAUGUCUGGAGAGCUAGUACAAGCAGUUCAAUCAAUAGCAUCACCCGACAGUGCCGUUCUCAGCUUCCAAAAAGAUGAUAUGAUUGAAGUGGUACAGGAAAACUUUGAUGGUACUAUUACUGUAAGCUUUAUCAUUAUUUUGACUUUUUUUUAAAGGUUUUGGUCUAGAAGGCGAGAUCAAAUUUGUUUUUGAUUUUAUUAGUCUUUUUUUUACUUUUUUAAAAAUUUUUUAAACAAUGAAAGUUUGCUUGGCUUAAAAUUAAAAUUUUGAAAAGAUAUUGAACUUUUACAUUUAACAGAAGGCCUAAAAACCUUAUUAUAGACCUAAAAACGACAUAGAGAGUAAAAGUCGUCAUGUACGAAGUAGUUUUUACAAAAAAUCAAAAAUCUGAAGUUUUUAGGUAACAAAUUAAAACAGAUUAGGGGGACGUGUGGAAACCGAACGAAUUUGUGGCGUUUUAUAUACUUUUUAUGUGUUUCAAAGUAGGGGUUUUUGGGAAAUCAGGCGUGAAACGAAGGAUUUUCGAUAGUUUUUCGAAAUUUCAAGACGUUUUUUUAAAGUUUGGAAUUGAUCUUUUAAAAGUUUUGAGGAUUUCGACAAGUUUUUGACGGUGCAACUCUUUGAAAUAUUGUUAAAAAUUGUGGCAAUCGAUUAAAAAUAUCGGAAAAAUGAAUUUUGUACAUGUUAAAAUAGAAAUUUUUAAAAAAUUUCAAGUUUUCUGUAACUGAUAGCCUACAGGUGUUUUUUUCAAGUCCGUGUAGAAUGCUCUGAAUAAUAAUGACGCAUGUAAAACACCUGUCCGUAGAUUGUUGAAGACCGAAAUCAGAUGCUUUUAUUAUUCAUCCGAGAAGCGAAGAAAGAAUAGUGACUCAGUCUGCGCGGACAAUUCAUUUUUCACUUACUUUAGUUUAUUCUGGGCCUCAAUUGGAGUAAUUUUAAAGUUUUGAGCUUUAGACGGACUCAUAUAUUAAGCUGACUUGCAUAUAAUCUAUGUCAGACGGUUAUAUGCCAAGAAAGUUCUAAAUUAGAGGAUUAUAUUGAGGAUGGUCUUUUCUAGUCUUGACUCUGAAUAUUUGGUAUUUUAGUGAUAUUGAUAUGAAUUUUUAUCAAAUAGGUAUGAAAAAUGAUAUAAAGCAUCUUUUCAGGGAAGAUUAGUACGAUCCCCUACAAAAGUUGGCGUCAUACGACGAGAUUCGGUGCGCCGUGUGUUGACGAAUCCUGGAUUCACACCAACUGGAUCUCAAUCGUCACUGGUCCAACGACGAUCUUCAUUUAAUCAUCUGACUCAGGUUGAUAAUCUGCCUGCUGGAAGGUUGCAGGUAAGACAAUAUUAAAAGUAUUUUGUGGUUAUGUAUCAUAUUUCUACGUAGAUUAACAUUACACAUCCAUUUUUCAGCCCCGCCGCUCAACCCAUGAUCGAAUCUCAGCCUCAUCCACUUGCGAACACCUGAAUAUGCCUCUGAUCAGUGAUGGCGUAUUAGAGUACCAUUGUCCAUCCGAGUCCGACCGACCAAUCAAAGAUUAUCCAUGGUAUUUCUCCAAUUUGUCACGAGAUGAAGCCCAGAAUUAUCUGGAAAAUCAACCGAACGGCACGUUUCUGGUACGUUGGAGUGAAAGUCAAUUGAUGUACGCUUUGAGUGUAGCAUACGGUGGACAAGCGAAGCACAUGAGGAUCGAAUACGAUCAGGCGAAGUCAAUGUUCUACCUUCAUGACAGCAUGUUCUUCCACAACGUUCCGGUGGGUUUUUGGUAAAAGAGUGUUAUAUUAGGUAUAGUACUAAACCAUAGAAUCCUAAACCUUGGUUUUUAAGAUUUUUUGAUUUAUAAUUUUUUAAAAAACAGAAAAUUAAUGUUCUUAUCAGUAGUUGAAACAAAAAGUUGAUAUAAAAGUAUAAAAUAUAAAGAAACUUUAGUCCUUGAUCAAGUGCUACCGUACGAAGGAUCUCAGUGAAGGCUUCAAAAACAUGUCGGGAACAUUGACUGCAACUCCUUUACGAACUACGAGGUUUCGUGUAGUACAUGCUUAUCAACAUGCCGCCGAGAACAAUAAAUACUUGUCGAUGGAAGCGAACGAAGUCAUCAACGUUCUCGACACUUCUGGAGAACAAAACGGAUGGUGGAAGGGGAGAGCGAAUCUACUGGAAGGGUAAGAGGUUUUUGAUGUAAAAUACGAUUUAUAAUACUUACUAUUAGCCUUGUCAUAACUAAAAAUAUGUGUAUAAUACCUAGAAAUACUUCUGUAGUGCUCUCAUGAAUGGAUUUUGAACAUCCAAAGUUAUAUAAAUUGGAUUUUAUUAGGUUGUUCAAAUAAUUCUGCGCCCCCUAAUCCCACAUAUGUGCUUUCAAAGGAGGCACAGAAUUAUUUUAACGACAUAAUAUUAUCUAAAUCUAUAAUUUUUCUUUUACUUUUCAUGCCUUUUCAGAUAG